GUGGCCGUUGCAGCUGUGCUACAAAUACAGCACAUGGUAGCAUUUUGUUGGCUGCUUGUAGCGACGGGUACCUCCGGGCCUCAAACUCCGAGCUAGUCUGAACUGUCAGCUGACAAAUUUAAAGUUGCACACUUUUUACUUUGGUAACUGUUAGUUAAAAAAAAAAAAAAGAAAAGAUCGACAACUUUGAUGUCCUUUUGUCUUCGUACAAGGCUGUGAACAAGCAUCAAAUUGCGAGUUUGAGCGCUUUUAAAAAACUCUUGUCCCACUCCGCCUGCAGCAGCUGCACAGAAGCUAGCAUGUCGACCGGCACAAAUCAAGUUAAAAGCUGCCCCAUCCCCACCAAGGUGCUCACCCUGAAGGACUGGUCCCAGCUACCCGACUGUUACAGCCAGACACCCGGGGGGACCCUUUUCUCCACCACGCCAGGAGGUACCCGCAUCAUCUACGACAGGAAGUUUCUGUUGGAUUGUCGAAACUCUCCCCUCGCCAGGACCCCCCCAUGCUGCCUGCCCCAGAUCCCGGGGGUAACAGUACCUGCUACACACCCCGUGGGGAAAUUGCAGGAUCUCAAAGAGGAGGCUGAGGAGGAAGAGAAGGACAUUGCAGAAGACAACCAGUUUGAGAUGGACAUCUGAGCUCCGGUAUUACCUCCUGUGGAGAGUCAUUGGUUAAAACACCUCCAAGGUCAUUGAUGACCAUAAUGCAUUACUUAUAAAGCUUUUUUUUUUUUCACUUAUUUUUUUCUUUUUUCUUUCUUUUUUU